AUGGUACGAGUUCGGACGUCUCGCCGCGUGGCGAGCCUGAAGCCAGGAGACUACGAUCAUGAAAUCGUCAUUGUCGACCGCGAUGGCGCUCUCGGCCGCCCCGACGAGGAACGAGGUCAGGGCGCCUCAGCAGGAGCAGGCAUGGAGCGUAUAUCAACCGAGCAGCGCCUGCUAUCUGCGAUAGGCGAAGAAGGGAGCGCAGCGCCUUCGACACCAACGUCGCCACCACCGGACGACCAAGAGUCGAGGCCUGAGCAACGACCAUCUCGAGGGCAAGACCAGCAAGACCUAACUCACCUAGCUUCGCGGCCCUCAAUUGAGGUCCAAGCCAACGCUUACCACAAACCUUCACCUACGAAUAUCCACACAGCUCAAGUUCCGGACCCGAUGUGGGAAUGGCUGUGGCAAGAAUGGCACGUGAACCACCAGGAGGGAAUGGACAACGAAGGAUGGGAGUACUCCUUUGCAUUUUCCAAGAGCUUCUCAUGGCACGGCCCUCGAUGGUACAACUCGUUUGUCCGGAGGCGCGCCUGGACGAGGAAGAGGGGCAAGAAGAAGGAGGACGACGUAUCCGUGGACCCACAUAUGCUGAAUGGUGACUACUUCACCGUACGACCAGCCUCGGACCGCCUCAGCCGGAGAUCACAGCCCAGCCUGGCAAGCAGCCGGGCGAGCCGAGUUACCAGCCACUCCACCCUUGGUCACGCAUCGAAUGCCGAGAUGCAGCAAAUCCAGCCAGAUAUCGAGGACCUGGAGACCCUCCUACUGAGGCUGCGUUUCGCACGAAUAGACAGAGAAAAACUCGAAGCCGUGGAGAACUACCUGGAGAACGCGCUGGACUUGGCCAACCUACACCAAGAGAUGCAUGAGGUCAUGUCGAUCUUCAUAUUUCAGGCGUCUAGGCGCUUGCUUCUCAGUCAUCUGAUGAGUGUCUACGACGACACAAUUGCGCGACUCGAGAAAGAGGACACCCAGCACGACCGCGAGCGUAGAGAUGCGCUCAAGCAGGCAAUGGAGCACGCAGACGAAGAAGUCCGGAAGCUGGCGUACUGGAGCGAUGUGAAGCAGAUGGCCGAGAGUGGUGAAUCCAGGGGAGCAGUUGCCAGCCACAAAGGCUGGCAGGAGGAGUGGCAGGGUAUAGACCAGAGCGGACCUGCUGAGCCCAACGGGGGAAAGCUACCGGAAUGA